CUUCCGGGUUUGAGGUUUUAACUGUAAAUAUACUUUUACUGUAACUUGUGUUAGGAUGACGGGAGAAGACUCCUGUUCUUGACGUUUAGUUUUAAUGCAACAUGGAUCGCUUUGAGGAGGAUUUAGUUCUCGCUCUUAAGGAGGUUGUAAAUAACAGCAGUUGGCAGUGUGUGGGCGAAAAGAAAACAUUGAAAGCACCUUGCACAAAGUUAUAUUCAGAGGACAGACAGCACAUUGUCCUGAUACACACAGAAGAUGACCAGUACUUUGCAAUGGACUCUGCCUGCCCUCAUGAAGGAGGUCCACUAGAACAAGGUGACAUUGAAGAUCUUGGUGAUGGAAAGCUGGCAUUGCUUUGUCCCUGGCACCUUUUUGACUUUUGCCUAGAUGAUGGGAGUUCUUCCACCGGCUUACAGAACCAGGUUUAUGAUGUGCAGGUGUAUGAGGGCAAGGUUUACAUAAAGACACAAAAUGCAUUAUCUCUGAUCCCAAUGAAGGACACAGAAGUGGCACACUGUGGUAAAUUGUCACCACAGAUCUCUGGACCUUCCACUUCUGAUGGUAGUCUUACUCACUGGGCAGCACAAAUCCUUGGUACUCCAGAUCCAUCAGAAAAGGUAAGACUUACAGAGCAAGUGAAGACAUGGUGGGAAUCAGGAGCCAUUACAGAUAUUGGUGAGGCAGAACCCCCUUCUCAGCCUAACAGGAAGGCAGACUUAACUGUACGGGAUCCUGGAAAAAUCAAACGAGGUAAAGGUGGUACAUUGGCCAGUCGAGUGGCAUUGCUGCAUUCCCUAGCAAACAUUGAACAGUGGGCCAUAGACCUCUCUUGGGAUAUCAUUGCUCGUUUUGCAAAAGUGAACCUAAGCAAUGGGGAACCACUGCCACGUGGGUUCUUUAAUGACUUUGUGAAGGUUGCAGGAGAUGAAGCCAAGCACUAUGGGUUACUUGAGAAAAGGCUAACAGAGCUAGGAAGCUUCUUUGGAGCUCUGCCAGUUCACAAUGGACUGUGGCAGUCUGCGUCUGAUACUUCACAUGACCUUCUUGCUCGUCUUGCAGUCGUACACAUGGUGCAUGAAGCCAGGGGUUUAGAUGUUCAUCCCCAAACACUGGCUCGGUUCGCUGCACAGGGAGAUGAAGACUCUGUAAAAAUACUUGAAGUUCUCUACAAUGAUGAAAUUACUCAUGUAGCAGCAGGGCUAAGGUGGUUUACUUACAUCUGCUUAGUGGAAGAAAAGGAUUGUGUACCAACAUUUCAUGAGCUGGUUCGACUUCACUUUAAGGGUUAUUUGAAGCCUCCUUUUAACACUGAAGGACGAAAAACGGCAGGAAUGGGUGAAGAGUGGUAUCUGCCUUUGGUUAAGCCAGUUCGCUGAGAAUGCUGUUCACCAUUAGUAUGACAUCAGCCCAUGGACAAAAACACAGCUUUUCACUGAAACUUUGACUUGACUGUGGCCAUUCCAUUGCUUCUGUAUUGAACCAAUUAGUACACUUUCUGACAUUUAUGUCAGUUUUUAUUUGUUCUAGUGACUGAUGUUCAUUUGGAUAGAAAAUGUGUGCCAAGGUAUAUUUCUGUGCAUUAUUUAUUUUGUACAUCUUGGACUGUGCCUGGACAUUCAGAACACUUUGGGUUUUCACUUGUUUUUUAAGUGUCUAAAUAGCCAACAUUUUUGUGUUUAAAAACUACUACUGCUUCCUGCUAAAUUUAAGAUCAGCAUGAAAGAAAUAUACUUUUUUGACAAAUUUUUGACUUAAAAAUGUAACACUUGCCAGAGAGUUUAAUGCCAUACUGUUUAUUGAUUUACUGUAACAUUGUGGUCUUGUACUGUUAUACAGUUGUAUUCUUUCUCAUCUUGGCAGUUAAGAAAAAUACUUUGUGCAUUUUUUAUAAGAGCGAGAAAACUGGACUAUGAUGGUACAUUCAAGUAAAAAAAAAAAAGUUCAGACUAA